AGUAUUUUGUCAGUCUUCACUGUGGAAGACACCAGCAGUAUGCCAGAAAUUCGAGAAGGUCAGAGGGCAGAAGUGAAAGCAGUUGCUAUUACUAAGGAGAAAAUGCUUGGUAAGCUGAAAGGUCCCAAGUCACCAGGACCAGUGGUUCCAAAUGUCACUCCACUCUUCAAGAAAGGAGGGAGGCACAAGAAAGGAAAUUAUAGGCAAAUUUGGUUGAUCUUUUGGGAAGAUGUUGGAGUCCAUCAUUAAGGAUAAGAUGUCCGAGUACUUGGAGGCACAUGAUUAAAUAGGCCAAAGGCAGCAUGGUUUCCCUUAAGGGAAGUCUUGCCUGACAAAUCUGUUGGAGUUCUUUGACAAAAAUAACAGGCAGGAUAGACAAAGCAGACAAAUGGAUGUUGUUUACUUCAAUUUUCAGAAGGCCUUUGACCAAGUGCUGCUUGAGAUGAGAGCCCAUGGUAUUUCAGGAAGGAUGGUAGAGUGGAUAGAAGAUUGGCUGACGGGCAGUAGGCAAAGAGGGGAUAAAGUGAGCCUUAAACACGAGGAAUUCUGCAGAUGCUGUAAAUUCAAGCAACACACAUCAAAUUUGCUGGUGAAUGCAGCAGGCCAGGCAGCAUCUCUAGGAAGAGGUACAGUCGACGUUUCGGGCAGAGACCCUUCGUCAGGACUAACUGAAGGAAGAGCCGGAGUCACAGAAAAACGUGUUGAUGUGCAGUUGGAAGUGGAAAACUCUACUACCCUCCAAAUUGAGUGGGAUUCACAUCUGUUUUCUGUAUUUGAAUGUGUUCUCCUUGUCUUUGUAAAAGGAAGAAAGGAAGAUGAAAUAUUCUUAUUGCCAAGAAAUGGAAGCCUGAAGCUAACAGAUCGAAAACCGGGGACACUUUACACCAUCAGCUUGACCUGUUUUAAUGGAGAGACGGUUCUCAAAUCUUCAAAUGUCACCAUUGAUACAGGAAUGGAACCAAGUAUUCAACCUUUAACCUCUCAAUCCAUAUCAAGAGCAAAAGCACAGUCCAAUUCUGAUGGCCGCUGGAACCACGCCAAGCUACUCAACUCUGAUGUGCUGACUGGAGCUGUGUUUGGUUGCAUUGGUGGAGUAAUCCUGAUGUACCUGUCCUAUUCCUUUUAUAAAAAGUGGAGACGAGAUGAGCGAUUACGGGCAUUUCUAAGACUCCAUCGAAAUGCAGAAGUUGCUCCUUACUUUAUUUUUGGCAUGAAUGAAGAAAAUGCUGGGUGAACUAUCAGAGACUGUUGCACAGAAGAACUUUGAUGCCUUAUUUGCACAUGUUAGAUUUUUUGAUUGUUAUUUUACUUAACAGAGAGAGCCUGUUCUUCACAUAUCGUAAAAUAAAUGAAGUGCCUAUCUAUGUGUGAGCGUAGUGAAUCAGCUAUCAUCCAGCAUAACCUUUUGAAGACUGAUUUCAUUCAUUGCCCAAUUGAUGAUAAAUUUUGUACUGAAAAAUUUCAUCUUUAAGUAGAAGUAGGUUUCUUUCUGUUGAGAAUUAGAGCAACCGUUAUGAGUCAUUUUUGCAUCUCAGUCACUCUGUAUUCAUUCAAAAUGUGUUUCAUUUCAAUUAUUUGACAGUAAUUCAAACCUACAGUAUGGUGCAAAAGUCUUCGGCACAUUUAUACAUAGCUAGGGUUUCUAAGACUUUUGCACAGUACUGUAGUAAUUUUACGUAUUGCACUGUAAUGCUGCCAGAAACAAAAGACAAGUCUCAUGACAUGUGUGCAUGAUGAUAAACCUAAUUCUAAUGUGGGUCUUUGUUGUGGACUGAGAGUGGGAAGGAGGAGGGAGAGGGUUGGUUGGGAAAAGGGGAUGGAAGAAGGAAGGGAUCUGGAAGCACCAAAGAGACAUCCUGUAAUGAUCAAUAAACC